AUCAUAAAAACCAUUUUUUUCGAUAUUAUUAUUUCAAUUAUUCACAAAUAACAAUAAUGUAUGACAUGCAGCAUAUAUUUGUUAGUUCCGAAUCUAUAAAACAACUUAUUGUAUUUAUUGAAUGUCAACAAUAUUUGUAACCUUCUCUUGACAGCUUCUCAAAUUUCACUCAGGGUUUGCAUUUAAAUGUUAUUUUCUGUUAAUAUAUUUUGUUUUCUAAUGUGAUGGUGAUUAUGGAUCAAUCAUCAAAUACCAGUUUUGACACCAGUGAUAGUGAAAAAGUGAAAUACCUUAGUAGAACAGUUUCUGAGUCAGAAGAAUGUGUAAUUUUUCAGCAGUUAGAUAUUUUUGCUCAUGGAUUUUCGAUAAUGGAAGAAAUAAGGAGACAAGGAAAACUUUGUGAUGUUACCCUGAAAGUCGAUGAUCAAUCUUUUACUGGCCAUCGCUUAGUGCUUGCUGCAUCUAUCCCUUAUUUUCAUGCCAUGUUUAUGCAUGAUAUGGUUGAAAGCAAGCAAAGAGAUAUCACUAUACAAGGAAUUGAUGCUGUUGCUUUGGGAGCUUUGGUGAACUUUGCAUAUAGUGGCAGAGUUACUAUUAACACUAACAAUGUUCAAAGCUUAAUGGUAGGUGCUGCAUUCUUGCAGUUACCAAGAGUCCGAAAUGCAUGUGCUGACUUUUUAAAAAAAAGAUUUCAUCCUCAUAAUGUGCUUGGAAUACGACAAUUUGCUGAUACUCUGGGUUGUUCAGUUUUAGUAGAGGCAGCGGAUAAGUACAUGCAUCAAUAUUUUCAUGAUGUCUCACUUUCUGAAGAAUAUUAUAAUUUAAAUGUCAAUGAACUGCUGGAUAUUGUUAAAAGAGAUGAACUACAUGUUAUUUCAGAAGAACAGGUAUUUGAAGCUAUUAUGAGGUGGGUUAAAAAGGAUCUUGAGAGCCGAAAAUCUGAAUUAUCAAGACUUCUUGCAUCAGUAAGACUUCCUCUUUUAACUCCUCAUUACUUAGUGGACAGAGUUGCUAAAGAGGAAUUGAUCCGAGCUUCUCAUGAAUGUCGCGAUUUGGUGGAUGAAGCAAGAGAUUGUCAUUUAAUGCCUGAAAGGAGGCCAUUACUUCAAAGUUUUAAAACAAGACCUAGAUGUUGUAAUUAUAUAAUGGGCAGUAUUUAUGCUGUUGGCGGACUUACUAAAUCAGGUGAUUCUUUAAGUACCGUGGAAAUGUUUGACCCGGUUGUUGGAAGAUGGAGAAUGGCUGAGCCCAUGUCUAUGCUCCGUUCUAGAGUUGGAGUGGCAGUUAUAAAGAACCGAUUAUAUGCUUUUGGUGGCUACAAUGGAUCUGAAAGAUUGUCUACUGUUGAAGUAUUUGAUCCACUUAAAAGACAUUGGUUUAAAGUAUCUCCGAUGAAUUGUAAAAGAAGCGCAGUCGGUGCUGCAGCACUCAAUGACUGCUUGUAUGUUUGUGGCGGUUACGAUGGUGUCUCUUCUUUAAAUACUGUUGAGUGCUAUGAACCUGAUACUGAUACAUGGACUGUUAUUACGAGCAUGCAAAAACAUCGUAGUGCUGGUGGGGUCAUUGCCUUUGAAGGAUUUGUUUAUGCUCUUGGAGGCCACGAUGGGUUGUCGAUUUUUGAUUCAGUUGAAAGAUAUGACCCACAUACCUGUUUAUGGACUUCAGUCACCCCAAUGCUUACAAAGCGGUGUAGACUAGGAGUUGCAACAUUGAAUGGUAAACUAUAUGUUUGUGGAGGUUAUGAUGGUGCUACAUUCCUUCAAACUGUUGAAAUGUAUGAUCCAGCCACAGAUAAAUGGAAAUUUGUCGCCCCCAUGAAUGUAAUGCGUAGUCGUGUUGCUUUAGUGGCUAACAUGGGAAAGCUUUGGGCCAUUGGUGGAUAUGACGGAGUUUCCAAUCUUAACACUGUGGAGCUAUAUGAUCCCAAUACUGACUCCUGGUCGUUUGUUGCUCCUAUGUGUGCACAUGAAGGAGGUGUUGGUGUUGGGGUUAUUCCAGUCUGUAAACCUGACUCAGAAUCUUUUUAAAAAUUAAAUAGCUCACUUUAUACUUCAUUCUAUUUUCACUUUUACAGGAAAUGUAAAGUGUAUAAAAUGUAAAAUAAUAUGGAAAUAUUUCCUAUUCAUUAGUAUUUUUGAAUGCCAUUUAAUGAUUAAAGGAAAUGAAAUGUGGCUUGAGUUAUAAUUUAGUUUAUAGGAAAAUGUUGGGAUCAUUUGGGACACUGUGUUUCAGUAUUUAUUUUCAUUGUAAUGCAGGUUAUGUUUAUUGUUAUCAGUUUUUCAAUUUUAAGUAUUAUUUGAUAAAUUGUGAAUUAAUACCUGGUAAACUCAUUUUAGAUAAAAUUUUUAUUGUAUUGGUCUAUAGGUUUGUGGAUGUUUUCUCAGGAGUUCAGAUUUGAGCAUUCUAAAAUGUAAAUUUAAUUCUUUAUUUUUUAUUUAACAGAUUACAUUGAGUCUUAGGCUGUGCUGUUAAUGCAUGAGUUUUUAAUUUAUAACAUUAUGUUUGUGUUAGUUGUCC